CUGUAUUUGUUUACUCAUAUCUUAUAAUCUCUAAGUCAUUGUUAACCUAAAAUUAUGGCGACUUUGGCAGUAUUGUGUCCGGAUCGUGUCUUAAAUUAAUUACCAUUAUCACUCCGGGGCUCCCUCAAUGAUACAACCUUGAACUUUGGUUUCUGCCUUACCUCCUAUUCAGUUGAGAUAUGGCAUAAACAUCUAAAUAAGCAUUAUCAUAAUUGUUGGGUUUUAGGGGUGAGACAGAGUCUCACUCUGUCGCCCAGGCUGGAGUGCAGUGGCUUGAUCUCUGCUCACUGCAACCUCCGCCUUCCAGGUUCAAGCGAUUCUCAUGCCUCAGCCUCCCGAAUAGCUGAGAUUACAGGUGCCCACCACCACACCCGGCUAUUUUUUUUUUUUUUUUUUUGUACAGACGGGGUUUCACCAUGUUGGCCAGGCUGAUCUCAAACUCCUGGGCUCAAGCAAUCUGCCCACCUCGACCUCCCAAAGUGCUGGGAUUUCAGGCGUGAGCCACCACACCUGGCCUUGCUCAGUGUAUUUCAUGUUCUGUGUCUCCUUAAAUGCCAGUGAGAUAUCAGUAAUUUUCUUUGUGACAGAGAGCAUAUACGUUUAGAGGCAUUUCCCCCUGUUGACCCAUUCCUUCACGUAAAUUGACAGUGACAUUGCCUUUCCUCCUGAUGGACCUCAGUGAUCUCAGUGAUCCCCAGUAGCUUCAAUACGUCACGUGGUGAAACCUUUCGGAGUGACUCCAAAUUUGCAUAUACUGGAACUGAAAUGCGCACAGUUGCUGAAAAGGUUGAUGCCGUCAGAAUUGUUCACAUUCAUUCUGUCAUCAUCUUACGACGUUCUGAUAAGAGGAAGGACCGAGUAGAAAUUUCUCCAGAGCAGCUGUCUGCAGCUUCAACAGAGGCAGAGAGGUUGGCUGAACUGACAGGCCGCCCCAUGAGAGUUGUGGGCUGGUAUCAUUCCCAUCCUCAUAUAACUGUUUGGCCUUCACAUGUUGAUGUUCGCACACAAGCCAUGUACCAGAUGAUGGAUCAAGGCUUUGUAGGACUUAUUUUUUCCUGUUUCAUAGAAGAUAAGAACACAAAGACUGGCCGGGUACUCUACACUUGCUUCCAAUCCAUACAGGCCCAAAAGAGUUCAGAGUCCCUUCAUGGUCCACGAGACUUCUGGAGCUCCAGCCAGCACAUCUCCAUUGAGGGCCAGAAGGAAGAGGAAAGGUAUGAGAGAAUCGAAAUCCCAAUCCAUAUUGUACCUCAUGUCACUAUCGGGAAAGUGUGCCUUGAAUCAGCAGUAGAGCUGCCCAAGAUCCUGUGCCAGGAGGAGCAGGAUGCGUAUAGGAGGAUCCACAGCCUUACACAUCUGGACUCAGUAACCAAGAUCCAUAAUGGCUCAGUGUUUACCAAGAAUCUGUGCAGUCAGAUGUCGGCAGUCAGCGGGCCUCUCCUACAGUGGUUGGAGGACAGACUGGAGCAAAACCAACAGCAUUUGCAGGAAUUGCAACAAGAAAAGGAAGAGCUUAUGCAAGAACUUUCUUCUCUAGAAUAAAGCAGGAGACAAAAUGGGGAAAGAUGAAAAUAUCCAGUGUAAAGUUACUUAAGCUAAAUCAAUUUUGAAGAAGAAAAACUUGGAGGACUCACUUUACCUGACUUCAAGACUUACUAUAAAGCUAUAGUAAUCAAGAUAGAUGGUAUUGGCAGAGGAACAGACACAUAGAUAAAUGGAACAGAUGAGAGAACCCAGAAAUAAACCCAUAUAAAUAUGCUCAACUGAUUUUGAAAAAGUGCAAAAGCAAUUCAAUGGAGGAAGAAUAGCCUUUCUGACAAAUUAUGCUGGAGCAGUUAGAUACCCAUAGCGAGGAGAAAAAAGAACCUCUACUUAAACCUCACAUCUUAUGUAAAAUUUAACUCAAAAUGUAUAACGGACUUAAAUGUGAUACAUAAAACUAUAUAACUUUGAAAAAAGCCACAGGAGAAAAAUCUUCAGGAUCUUGAGCUAGGUGACAAGUUCUUGGACUUUGCCCCAAAAGCACAUCCAUAAAAGACAAAAACUGAUAUAUUGGACUUCUCCAAAAUUUAAAAACUUGUGAUUUAAGAAGAGGAAAAGAUAAGCUACAGAUUGAGAUGAAUUUGCAAACCAUAUAUCUGAUCAAUUUGGAAUACAUAAAGUGUGCUAAAAACUCAAGUGAAGUCAGGCAUGGUAGCUCAUGCUUGUAAUCUCACCACUUUGGGAGGCCAAGAUGGGAGGAGUGCUUGAGGUUAGGGGUUCCAGACCAGCCUGGGCAACACAGUGAGACUCUUGUCUGUACAAAAAAAAUUUUUUUAAAAAUUAGCUGGGCACCAUGACACACACCAGUAGUCCCAGCUACUAGGGAGGCAGGAGGAUCACUUGAGCCCAGGAGUUUGAGGCUGCAGUGAGCUAUGAUCACACCACCACACUCCAACCUGUAUAACAGAGUGAGGCCUUGUCUCAAAAAAAAAAAAGGCCACAAAAACUCAACAAUAAAAACAAACAGUCCAAUUAGAAAAUGGGCAAAAGACAUGAAUAGAUGUUUCACUGAAGAGGAUCUAUAGAUGGCAAGUAAGCAUAUGAAAAGCUGUUAAACUCCGUAAGUCAUCAGGGAAUGCAAAACCACAGUGAGGCUGUGGCUUACUUAUCUGAAUGGCUAAAGAAAACAUAGUGAAAAUACCAAAUACUAAUGAGGAUACAAACUGGAUAUUUUAUACAUUGCUGACAGGAAUGUAAAAUGGUACAGCCACUCUGGAAAAGAGUUUAUCAAUUUCUUAUCAAGUUAAACAUAAUUUUUUAAUCAAGUUAAAUAUAAGACCCAGCAGUUGUGCUCCUGGACAUUCAUUCCAGAGAAACGAAACCCUAUAUUGUACUUGUACCCAAAUAUUCAUAGGAGCUUUAUUUGUAAUAGCCCCAAACUGGAAACAACCCAGAUGUCCUACAACAGGUACAUGGUUAAACAAACCAUCCAUAACUUGGAAUACUACUCUGGAAUGAAAAGGAGCUAACUGUUGAUACAAGAACUUGGUUGUACCUCAGGGAUAUUAUGGUGAACAAAAAAAGCCAGUCUCAAAUGGUCACAUACUGUAUGAUUGCAUUUAUAUAGCAUUCUUGAGGUGACAAAAUUAUUGAAAUGAAGAACAGAUUAAUGGUUGCCAGGGAUAGGGACUGGAGGAGGUGUGGGGUAUGUAUGACUAUAAAGGGAUGACUCAAGGAGUUCCUUUGUGCUGAUGGAACAGUUCUAUAUGAUUAUGAUGAUUAUGAUGUUGAUUAUCACAUUUGAUUAUGAGCUUAAGCACAUGAAUCUUUACCUGUGCUGAAGUUGUAUGGACCUACAUACACACAAAUGAAUGCAUGUAAAAUCUGGUGAUACUGAAUAAAGUCUGUAGUCUAGAUAGCAGUAUAA